AUGGAGUUGCUUCCGUUUCUUACUAAUUAUAUCAUCUCAUAUCUUUCACCGCAGCUGGAGAAUAUUUCAAAGGAAAUAUUGCAGUUGAAUCACCGGUCUUUAUUGGCAGCUGCUUAUAUCGUAUAUUUGACAGACGCCACCGAACCACAAGCGAGAGAAUAUUUAAAAAAAUGGAGUGCACUUAUUGGGUUUGAAGAUACAUCGUUCUCAGUGCCAAAUUUCCUUGUGACUACUGAAAAACAAUUGAAAUGGCAUGCUGAGGGACUUCCAUCCGAUACUACUGCUAUCAAAAAUGCAGUUCUCAUCGACCAGGCUUUACAAUCAGAAAAGUGUGGGUUCACACCUCUGGUAAUAGAUCCCGAUGGUGAUACCACAGCAUGGUUGAAGGCCACUCUGGCAGAUACACAAUGUGAUUUUGUAUCUCAACACAGUGAAAAACUGCUCACUGCAGUUCAGUAUGCCGUGAGAUUAAACCGCACGCUGGUAAUCACGGAUGUGGACGGUAUACAUUCAAGUUGGGCGGGCUUAAUGGAUACCAGUGUUCAUCUAGUGUUAGUGGCGAGAACGAUGCCACCGAUACCGCCAUCUUGUUUAGCGCGACUGUCGCCAUUAUACUGCGCUGCUAGGAGAGAUGCCCUCACCGACCAACUAGUCCAUUACGCACUACAGCAGCUGAAGCCAGAAGUAAACGAAAAAUCUAAAGAAAUUAAACUGAAAAAGGCCACUUUGCAGAAACAACAGUACGAGCUGCAGGAAAAUCUGCUUAAAAUAUUGUCAACUAACAAUGACAUACUCCACGAUACAAAUCUUCUAGCAUCUCUGAACAAGACUAGGGAAACUAGCGCUACGAUCACUGAAGCGCUCGAAGCAGCACACGCGAUUGAACGUGAUACUAACGCAGCGUCAGAAGCGUUUUUACCAAGCGCAACGCGUACAGCGCUUUUAGCACUCACAGUCAAGAGUAUGACUUUACACCAGCCUUUGAUAGCUUUACCCAUAGACGUCGUACUGGACGUUUAUGUCGACGCAUUACGUAGAUCUGACUCUAAUAAUAUUAAUAACGAUGAAGUAAUCAGAUACAUAACUAGAAGAGUUAUUGAGAGAGUUCUGUUGUCGUUACAUAAAAAAGACAAAUACAAAGUGGUAUUGCAUAUACUAAAACAAGUCUAUGAUGGCAUCAUGCCGGAUGAGCUUUGGCAAAUAUUCCUGGGAAAGUAUAUAAUUAAUGAAGAUCAAAAAAUUGUGAAAGAAAUCAAAAAUACUUAUCAAUGGAUUUCAGAUGAGUUAGUGAGAAAAGUAGCUCAAAUUAAGGUUAUACACGAAGACUUUUUCAAUAAAUUAUCACUUCAAAAUGCUAGUUUGUGGAAGGAGUUCCUCGAUUCAGGCGAUUUGAAUGUUCUUGCUCCGUUAUCUUUAACUCCUUGUGAACUCGCAGUAGCGGUUUCACUGUUACGACCGGAUUCCACUUAUAGAGCUAUCACAAACUUAGUGGAUUAUGUUUUAGGCGCGGGCGUAAUGUCUGGUGGCGGCGGUGUCGCGGUGGCGGCGCGGUGGAGCGGCCCGCGCGGUCGACGGCCAGCGCUAUUGCUCGCUGCGCACGCGCUAGACGUGCUGGCUAAUCACGCGCGGUCACUCACACUGGUUGGUGUGGAAGAAGGGAGGCCGGCGUGGGAGCGAGCUGUGGAAGGAAACCGUAGUGGUGGUUGGGUAGCCCUGGUGGUGGGCGCGUCGCCAUUUACGCAAGAUCUACGGAAUUUCAUUGUCGACUUCGUCCAGCGUCCGAUUGAUGAUUUCAACGAAGAAUUCCGUCUAUGGAUUGUAUCAGAGGAUCGCAAAAUACCACCAAUUGUAGCUAAUGUAUGCGUCAAUGUUAUACUUGAGGCGCCAGAGGGUGUGAAAUACAACGUUAUGAGUACACUGUCUGCAUGGGGUGAAUUUGAGGCUGACGGUACGACGGUACGAGCACGCGCCUGUCUUGCUUUGUUCCACGCCAUCGUGCAAGAACGUCGCGCAUAUAUACCGCAAGGAUGGAGUAGGUGGUACGCGUGGGAGUGGGGAGAGGUGUCGGCGUGCGCGGAGGCGGUGGGCGGCGGGGGCGGGGGCCGGGCGCUGGUGGGGGCGGUGUAUGGGGCGCGCGCGGGGGCGGGGGACAGGCGCGCGCUGGCCGCCCUCCACCGCGCCACGCUCGGGGAUCAUGCGCUUGCGCACUGCUGGCGUCCGCUCGGUCUGCCGCUGCAUCUGCCCGUACCCACCACCACCCGCACGCAGGCAUACUUGUCAGCGUUCGAUGCCUUCCCAGACAUUGAUCCACCGCAACUUUUGGGUCUACCGGACAACUGUCGGACUUCUUGGGAAAGAAAUUCCGCCAACGACAUCAUUAUCGGUUUAAAAGAAUUAGAUACAACCACCAUGUCGUCGAAUUACGAUAAUAAAAAUAAUGUGACACCUCUCAAAAUGAUACUCGCCUUGUGGAAAAAGCUAAUGGCGGGAAGUGCUCUCAUCAAAGCAGAUUAUCAAGUAGAAAAGGUAAUUAAAGAUAUUGAGCGUGAGGGAGGAUGGUGGGAGAGCGUGUGUUGUUGCGAGGUGAAUGUAGCAGCACGCGUGAGUAGAUUGCUGCAUCGCGCGCUCGCACUACGCGCCCGCUCCACCCCGCCCGCCCCUCUACACCAGGACAAAAACAAAUGGAUACAAUCAAUUGAACAAUUGGAGGCCUUAUUAUUAAAAAGUGAUUUCUUCCAGACACCAGAAGAAUGGCAGUCAUGGUGGACUGGUCCUGAAGAAAGCGCUGUGUAUGUGAGAGAGUUCUGCCACCGCGCUCUCGCUUCUGAAGUGCGCAUGCGCACACAAACACUCAACAUACCCAAAGAGUUAGACUUGCGCGCAUUCUUGUUCCCCGGUCGCGUUGUGUGGGCGAUGCGUGCGAACGCCGCACAACGUCUACACUGCAGCGUGCACCAUCUCACUCUACUCACCAAGUGGUCACCCUUACAAGAUGAGUGCGGGGAUGACGGAGUGGUAGUGUCAGGGCUGCAAUUAGCGGGCGGGUGGUGGGGAGGGCGCGGGGUGGAGGCGGCGGGGAUGGGCCGCCCACCGCGGGUCACUGCUCCACCGCUCUUAUUGAGAUAUGUACCGCAGAGUCAAACCACCCCGCUGAACCCAGAGGGUACCGUAGAAGUGCCGGUGUAUAUGAACGAGUCGCGAGAAGAGGAACUAUUUGUUGCGCGUGCGCCUCUAGCUAAACCCUUCGACAGAGACACUGCUGAAAUGCAUGCAAUAGCAUUGUUUAUUGCGCCUCUACAAUAA